CUGGCCGUUUUCAUUGGGGGUUUCUUCUCUCUCUCCUUACCUGCCUCAAAGGUCUGACUGUAAGUGCUGGAGCGGGGAUCACCGGCGCAUAAAGAUGCUGAAGGGUGUUUGGUUGCUCAGUUUGUUAACAGUGGCUGGGAUCUCGCAGACAGAGAGUCGCAAACCUGCCAAAGACAUUUGCAGCAAGAGCCGCUGCCCUUGCGAGGAGAAGGAGAACGUGCUGAACAUUAACUGUGAAAACAAGGGAUUUACAACUGUCAGCCUCCUCCAGCCACCACCGUCCAAGAUCUACCAGCUGUUCCUCAAUGGCAACGCACUGACCCGGCUCUUCCCCAAUGAGUUUGUCAACUACUCCAAUGCUGUGACCCUUCACUUGGGGAACAACGACAUGCAGGAGAUCCGCACCGGGGCCUUCAGCGGCCUCCGCACCCUCAAGAGGCUGCACCUCAAUAACAACAAGCUGGAAGUGCUGAGGGAAGACACGUUUCUGGGCUUGGAGAGCCUGGAGUACCUGCAGGCUGAUUACAACUACAUCAGUGCCAUCGAGGCGGGUGCCUUCAGCAAGCUGAACAAGCUCAAGGUGUUAAUUCUCAAUGACAACCUCCUGCUGUCCCUGCCCAGCAAUGUCUUCCGCUUUGUGCUCCUCACCCACCUGGACCUGCGGGGGAACCGGCUGAAGAUGAUGCCUUUUGCUGGUGUGCUGGAGCAUAUUGGAGGCAUCAUGGAAAUUCAGCUGGAGGAAAACCCUUGGAACUGCACUUGUGACCUGCUGCCCCUCAAGGCCUGGCUAGACACCAUCACCGUCUUUGUGGGUGAGAUAGUCUGUGAGACGCCCUUCAGGCUGCAUGGGAAAGAUGUGACCCAGCUCACCAGGCAAGAUCUCUGCCCUAGGAAGAGCUCCAGCGACUCAAACCAUCGGGAAAAGCAACCUGCCCUCUCAGACCCACACAUCUCGAGGCUGUCGCCCACAGCCAACUCUGCCAUCAGUCCUACCAGAGCCCCAAAAGCCAGCCGCCCCCCCAAAACCAGGAACCGCCCCACGCCCCGGGUCACUGUGUCAAAAGACAGACAAAUAUUUGGACCUAUCAUGGUUUACCAGACGAAGUCUCCUGUGCCCAUCACCUGCCCUGCUGGCUGUGUAUGUACUUCGCAGAGCUCAGACAACGGCUUAAACGUGAACUGCCAAGAGAAAAAGAUCAGCAACAUCUCCGAUCUCCACCCCAAGCCCACCAGCCCAAAGAAACUUUACCUUACCAGUAACUAUCUGCAAGUCAUUCACAGGACGGAUCUCACAGAGUACAGCUCUCUGGAUUUGUUACACCUCGGAAACAACAGAAUUGCAGUGAUACAAGAAGGUGCCUUUACAAACCUCACGAGUUUACGUAGACUUUAUCUUAAUGGCAACUACCUUGAGAUUCUGUACCCUUCUAUGUUUGAUGGGCUGCACAGCCUGCAGUACCUCUACCUAGAGUAUAACGUCAUCAAGGAGAUCCUGCCACGCACCUUUGAUGCUCUGAGUAAUCUCCACCUGUUAUUUCUCAAUAACAACCUGCUCAGAUCCUUGCCUGACAAUGUCUUUGGUGGCACUUCUCUCACCAGACUGAACCUUAGAAACAACCAUUUCUCACACUUGCCUGUGAGAGGGGUCUUGGACCAGCUCUCAGCUCUAAUUCAGAUUGACCUUCAGGAGAACCCUUGGGACUGCACGUGUGAUAUCAUGGGGCUGAGGAACUGGAUAGAGCAAGUCACCAACCAGAACAAGCAGCAGACAAAUCCCCCUGUAGUCAUCAAUGAAGUCAUAUGUGAGUCCCCCACCAAGCACUCCGGAGAGCAUCUGAAAUUCCUCAGCAGAGAAGCCAUCUGCCCGGAGAACCCGAACUUGUCCGAUUCGUCCCUCCUGCCCAUGAACCAGAACACAGAUGUGCCCGAUCUUCCUGGCAUCUCACCCAGUUCUUAUCCAGAAAUACACACCGAAGUCCCGCUCUCUGUCUUAAUUUUAGGCUUGCUGGUUGUGUUUAUUUUGUCGGUCUGUUUUGGGGCAGGCCUGUUUGUCUUUGUCCUCAAGCGUCGGAAGGGGGUGCAAAGCAUGCCCAGCAGCGCAAACAACUUAGACCUAAGUUCCUUUCAGCUCCAGUAUGGGUCUUACAACACGGAGACCCAUGAUAAAACCGAAGGGCAUGUUUAUAACUACAUCCCCCCUCCGGUUGGACAGAUGUGCCAAAACCCAAUCUACAUGCAAAAGGAGGGGGAUCCCGUGGCUUAUUACCGGAAUCUCCAUGACUUUAGCUAUAGCAAUCUUGACCACAAAAAGGAAGAUCCUGCCCCUCUCGCAUUUACAAUCAGUGCAGCUGAACUGCUGGAGAAGCAGUCUUCGCCGAGGGAACCAGAACUGCUCUAUCAAAACAUUGCAGAAAGGGUCAAGGAACUCCCCUCCGGAGGAUUAGUUCAUUAUAACUUUUGCACCUUACCCAAAAGGCAGUUUGCCCCUUCCUAUGAAUCGAGACGCCAAAACCAGGACAGGAUAAAUAAAACUGUUUUAUAUGGGACUCCCAGGAAAUAUUUUGCAGAACAGUCUAAACCUGAGCAUCCUUUACUGCAAGGAAAGCUACACACAGAACCAGACUACCUCGAAGUUCUGGAAAAACAAACAGCAAUCAGUCAGCUGUGAGGGGGGAGGUGGGAGAGGCAGUUUUUUUUUUUUUUUUUAAUGAGCUCGACAUCAAAUUUGAUUCUGAACUCAAUACUGAUGUGAUCUGUCACGUUUCCAACAUUUCCACUUUUUAAAAUUAGAGAACGAGAGAGAGAAACAGAGACCUUACAGCAGAGCGGGGUUAUGGUGUUGCAUUUGCAACAUUCCCUUUAAGUUAUUUCUAUAUCUCUCUCCUUUUGACCCUCCUGUAGGAACUGUCUCUGCAAAUGUAUGUUUCUGUACUGGAUCUUGCAUAAUGCUUUUUGAUUUGCAAAGAAAUGACAGAGGGGUCUUUGGAGUUUUUCUUUUGUUUUUCUUCUUUCCUUUUCAUGUUAAAGUGGAAACAAUGUAUUAUGUAGAAGAUCUGCAAAGAUCUAUUUUCCUGGACUAUUCUUUUGUAAAUAAUAAUAUACAGUACUGCUGUUUCAAUUACCAAGUAUAGCCACUGGGCGUCACUUUUUUGUGUUAAAGUGCCUUUGCACUUUAAGUACAUUAUUACUUAAUUGUUGCUCUUAGCUUUGAUAAAUUGAACCUAUUUUAAUGUGUUGUAUUUUUGAAAUUAAAAAAAAAAUGUAAAAUAGAUCUAUAUGUCAGCUGCAUUAAAUCAGAAGGUUUGAUCUA